CAGUCUUGGCUGCAGUCACAUUCAGCUUCAUCUGCAUCGACAGAAUAUCAAGAGAGGUGUCUGACAGACCUACGAAGGCAUCAUGAACACAACAGUGGCGCUGCCAACAACGACAACGGAUUACUAUGACAACCACACCCAGUCCACAACGGAUUACUAUGACUACUACAAUGACAACUACACACAGUCCUCAAUGGUGCCCUGCAUCAUGGAGACUGACCUUGUGCUGGGGCCCAUCUUCCGCCCGCUGCUGCUUUGGGUGGUGUGUGUGUUGGGCUCGCUGGGCAACGGCCUGGUGCUGUGCGUGCUGCUGCUGAGCCGUGUGAGGGGCAUGGCUGACGUGUGCCUGCUCAACCUGGCCCUGGCAGACCUGUUGCUGGCCCUGCUGCUCCCGCUCUGGGCGCACACUGGCACCGGUGAGGACGUGGCCGGCUCGGGCUUGGCUGCCGACGCCCUCUGCAAGCUGAAGAUCGGCGUGUACCAGCUGGGCUUUGCCAGCGGCCUACUCUUCGUCUCGCUCAUGAGCCUGGACCGCUACUUGGCCAUCGUGCACGCCGUCCGCUCCUCCGCCGUGCGCAAGCUCCGCUACAGUCUGCUGGCCAGCGCCACCGUGUGGGCCAUCUCCGUCAGCUUCGCCGCCAUAAAGGCUGCGUUCUACGUGAGCAAGGAGGGUCAAUGCGAUUGGAGCUACCCGCCUGAAACCGCCCGGACCUGGGUCCUCGCUCACAACUUUGUGGAGGUGGGCCUGUGCCUGGGCCUCUGCCUGCCAGUGGUGACCUUGUGCUACGUCCGCAUCCUGGUUGUGGUGCGGCAGCAGAAGAGCUCCAAGAAGGACCGCGCCGUGCGGCUGAUCUUCGCCAUCGUGUGCGUGUUUGUGCUCUUCUGGGUGCCCUACAACGCGGCCGUGCUGGUGCAGACGGCGGUUGACCUGAUGGAGGUUGAGGACUGCGAGGUGAACCAGCGCCUGGUGCUGGCCUUGGAGGUGACAGAGGUAGUAACGCUGACACACUGCUGCAUCAACCCAGUCAUCUAUGCCUUCGUCGGGGAGAAGUUCAGGAGGAGCUUUGCUGAUAUGUUUGUCAGGUGUCGGCUCUGCAGGAAGCUGUGCCCCUGCCUUGCUCCUGACUCAUCUAUCUACUCUAAGCCUUCAGACUACGAGACCUCAAACACUCCUGUGUCGUCAUCACGGGUUGAGUGAACGUGUCAUCAGACCAUCAGACCUUUGAGUGUUCAGACUAUGAGACUUCAAAAACUUCUGUGUCUUCAAUACAGGUUCAGUGAACCAAGUCAAGUCAAGUCAAGUAGGUUUUAUUGUCAAUUUCUUUACAUGCACUGGUCAUACAAAGAAUUUGAAAUUACAUUUCUUGCUUUCCCAUGCAGACAUAGACUAAUCUAGGUAAGGACAUAGACAGUAUAGACAUAGACAGUACUUAUACAUGGACAUACGACAGUAUGGACAUAGACAGUGCUCAUACAGACAUUUAAAGUGCAAGACUUAACCACAUUAACUGAUGAACUUCGUAUUGUUCAGACGUGUCAGACGUGGGCAAACUCAGGCCGGGGGCCACAUGCGGCCUGCUCAGCCAUUUCAUGCGGCCCUCAGAGCCUUUCCAAGAAAAAAAAAAUGCAGAUUCAUAUGGUCACAUUCUUAAAAUGGCUACCUAAAACAAGGGUCUUGGUCUAGUGGUCUAGUCUGCAUCUAGCUACAAUUAGUAGGAAUGGCAUAACUGACAAUGGUGUAAUCAUGUUGGCGUACACCAUUUCUUAUUAUUGGCACGGACGAGUUGCCUACGACAUCCAGCACUUUGACAACUUUCUAAACCCUAUGCGGCCCUUGGGCCAAAAUA